AUGUCAUGGCCUAUGCCGGAACGCCACGCUGCCAUGACCCAGACAGAAGACGCCUACAUACCCCUUGAGGCUCGCCCUCUGAGAGAGACAAUCUGCUUAUUUGAUUUGGAUGGCACUUUGUGCCCAGAGAAACAACUUGUCUCACCUGAGAUGCGCUCACUCCUCCGACUUCUCCGGACGAAAUGCACCAUUGGCUAUGUUAGUGGUGGGCCGAUUCUCAAGCAGCAGCAGCAGGCCGGAAGCCCCUCCGUCUCUGUGAUAUCGAGAUUUGACUUCUGCUUCCCUGAAAACGGGGCUACCGCUUUUAGAUUGGGCGCUCCACUCCCGGGUAGUAGUUUCGUCAAAGAGAUUGGUGAAGAGAAUUACAAGAGACUCGUCAAUUGGGUGCUCAAGUACAUCGCUGACCUCGAUAUACCUAUCAAGCGUGGGACAUUCGUGGAAUUCCGUCACGGGAAUGUGAACAUCUCGCCAAUUGGGCAGGGAGCCACCCAUGCCGAAAUGGAAGACUUCCAGAAAUAUGAUGAGGUGUAUGGUGUUCGAAAAGCCAUGAUCAAAGCCUUGAGCCUCGAGUUUUCGAGUCUUAAUCUCAUGUGUGCGAUAGGCGGGCAAGCUUGCUUCGAUGUUUUCCCAGCAGGGUGGAACAAGACCUACUGCUUGAGGCAUGUAGAGGCAGAAAAAUACAGAAGCGGUCUGGUAUACAAGGAUAUUCAUUUCUUUGGGGACAAGAUCCAUGUAGGAGGGAAUGAUUACGAGCUCUAUCAUGACGAGAGAACAAUCGGCCAUCACGUAACAAGCCCAAAAGAUACCAUGAGGCAGUUGAAGGCCUUAUUUCAGUUGUAG